CACGGAAAGCGCGCGCGAAAUUUACUAAGCGCGGUCGGAAAGUCACGAGUCACGGAACAGAUUUUAGAAGAUUGUAGCAUUCGAUAUAAUCGGUGAAAAUCUGUGGUGUUCCAAAAGUGAGUUCUGUUUUUUGUUUUCCGGUAAAAUAGUCCUGUACUUGUUUUACAACUAACAGUGUGUUCAUUUAAAACUGAUGUUUUGAAAGUGCCGUCCAGGAGAAAGAUGCGAUAAAAAGUUGUUUCUUGAUAGUGUUUUCAAAUCUUAUCGCUGCGACUUGUCUAUUGUGAAGUUAUUAGGCACUUUAAACGUGGCAAAUUGGAACAGAUAACCUGUGAUAAGUGUUGUGUGAUAGGUGUUGCUGGGAGAUAGCUGAAGUUCAUUAUCAGUUCAUUAGCGAAUUCAAUCAACAAACAAUUAAUACACAAUAGCGCCAAAUCUACAUUAUGUGAUUUUCAAAACCGUGAACCCGAACGGUUACUGUGAAGAUAAAUAAAUACAUCAACGAGAUCUCCAAAGUGCUAUGGCACAUUGAUGAUAGAGAGCAUCUAUGAAGUAGUUGCCCGUCUCCGUAGUGAAAUAUAACCACUCGUGGGAUUGUAGAGAUUUAGUGCUUACAACUAAUUGCCAUACCCCCGAGAUGACCUGCAAUAAACGACACUAUCAGCACCGGCGGUUUCGGACCCAAGGAUUGCGCCGACUGCUGGCUAUUGUCAGCUUGGCCUCACUCGCGAGUGCUGCUUACGGUCAGUUAGUUAGCUCAGGUUGCGAUCCAUCCAAGUGUCCACCACCGGUUGUUGUGGCGGAAAACUUGUUGCAGGUGGGAGAACGCGCCGUGAAGGAACUUGUCAACUGUUGCGAGGUGACCCGAGUGAGAUGUGACUACAGCAAGUGUCCCCCGCUUAGACAAUUUUGUGAUGCGGAGAGGACAGUGCGGCCCAGAAUCGUCCAAGGCAGAUGCUGCACUUUAUACGAAUGCGACGAUUUCUCACGACAAGAACAAUGCGAAGUGGAUAUCAAUGGCACCAUCACGAGGAAACAUAUUGGUGAAAAAUGGUUCAGCAUGGUCAACAGCACGACGUGUAUGAAUUUUGAAUGCCUGAGAAGUAGCACACUGGAACCGUUCGUGAACUCGAUUGGAAUAACAUGCAAUGCCAGUUGUACCGCGGGCUUCGCACUUCAAUACUCGGAUCAGCACUGUUGUCCGCAAUGUGUUCAGGAUAUGUGUCGCUUCAACGAUCAGAUGUACCCGGAAGGAGAGUCGUGGCGUAGUGCGGACGGAUGCCUCGAGUAUCAAUGUGUUAAGGAGAAUGGUUUGUUGUCCAUAACUGCCGAACCAAAGCAGUGCCCAAUAAUGAUGGACUGUCCAUUGGAAAAUGUUGUGUUGGAAAAUUGUUGCAGGGUUUGCAAUUUCACUAUUGAUGAACCACCUGCGCCUCCCGAACCGAUUCAAGGAAUGGAAUUUUACGAUGAGUUGGAUUAUACGAACCAUGUGUGUAAAAGACAGUGCCUGAAAGGAAGAAAACCACUACACUGUUAUUACAAGUUUGAAAUAGAAUGGUAUGAGACGAUGAGCAAAGCAUGUUAUGAGUGUCCGUAUAAUGCUACAGACUGUAGCCGUCCGCACUGUAUUCCCGGCGAUGGAGUUAAGAGAAACGUGAUGGUCAUCAAUCGAAUGAUGCCGGGGCCUUCUAUUGAGGUUUGUGAAAACGAUAUAAUCAUCGUCGAUGUGGAGAACCAUCUGAUGGGUGAAAGUACGACAAUCCAUUGGCAUGGUCUACAUCAGAAGCGAACACCAUAUAUGGACGGCGUUCCACAUAUUUCCCAGUGUCCGAUUAGUCCGGAAACAACUUUUAGAUAUACUUUUAAGGCCGAUAACCCAGGGACUCACUUCUGGCACUCCCACACGGGAAUGCAGAGAGGGGAUGGAGCGUUUGGUGCACUGAUUAUCAGAAGAGAUAACGAUCCUCAGCGCAUAAUGUAUGAUUACGACUUGUCGGAUCACGUGAUAACCGUCCAGGACUGGGGACAUGUCGGUGGAGUUCAAAUGUUCACUGCACAUCAUCAUUCAACGGGAGAUAACAAACCGCCAAAUAUUUUAAUUAAUGGUCGUGGCAAAUACUUUAAGCGAUUUCCAAAAACCAGUAUUACCACUACCACAUCGAAUCCGAUUUCUACCACAGCCAAAACUUUGAAUGAUGCAGAAUUGCUGCAAAAUUCGAACGAUACCAACCUAAAGCUACUAUCCAUCGAGCCUCAAGCUAAUAACACCACCGACUCGAGUAGUUCAACGCGUCCUUUGUCGCGAACCAAACGUCAGUCACGAACCGUAAAUUUCAAUGCUGUCGUUGUUCCAGAAUCCGAACACAUCCCGCUGAAAGUGUUCUAUGUCGAACAGAUGAAGCGCUAUCGAUUUCGUCUCAUCAACGCCGAGUUUUUGAACUGUCCCGUGGAGCUCUCGAUCGAGGGUCACAACAUGUCCGUUAUCGCAUCCGAUAGUUUCGACAUAAAUCCGGUGGAUGACUUAGCUUCAUUCGUUAGCUACGCCGGAGAGCGAUUCGAUUUCAUUUUGAGAGCGAAUCAGCCUAUCGGCAACUACCUUAUGCGAUUCCGUGGCCUAAUGGACUGCGACGAACGAUUCACCGCUGCUUAUCAGGUGGCAGUGUUGCGGUACAAAGGAGCCCCCGAAGUGGAGUUCGAGGAGUGGCCCAGUUAUGAUUUUCCGCUGGAAGGAUUGCAACUUAAUUCGCUCAACAAGGGAACGGGUCAUAGUGAUACGCUAUCGAUUGCAGAGACCACCUCCCGGGACCAGGAGGAUUUGUUGCUGCUCAAGGAGAAGACUGAUUUCAAAUUUUACGUGUAUUACGAUUUUUACGCCAAAGAUAACCCACACUUCCAUGUGCCGGAUUUGUAUGGUUUUAAAGAUGUGAUCAACAGCACUAACCGACUCUACACGCCCCAGUUGAACCACAUAUCGAUGCGUAUGCCGAAGAUUCCCAUGAUGCCGGGCAAGGACCAGCUCGACGAGAGUCUCUUCUGCAACGCCAGCUCGUUAAUGGAGCGGGGCGUAAAUUGCCGCGAGGAGUUCUGCCAGUGCAGCCAUGUGCUACAAGUACCGCUGCACUCAACCGUUGAGAUGGUACUGAUUGACGAGGGAUUUACAUUCGAUGCCAACCAUCCGUUUCAUCUGCACGGCCACGCGUUCCGAGUCGUUGGAAUGGAACGAUUAGCGGCGAAUAUAACCGCGGAGGAAGUGAAGCGGCUGGACGAGGAGGGAAAGAUCAAAAGGCGGCUGAAGGGUGCACCAAUCAAGGACACCGUUACUAUUCCCGACGGGGGUUACACCAUCAUUCGGUUCAUAGCAAACAAUCCAGGCUAUUGGUUGUUCCAUUGCCACAUCGAAUUUCACGCCGAGAUCGGAAUGGCUCUGGUGUUGAAAGUGGGGGACAAAUCGGAAAUGAUUUCAGCACCACGCGAUUUCCCUACAUGCUAUGACUUCAAACCCGAUUUAGGUAAAACGCAGUAUUCCAGCGGAUGGACGUUAUCCGCUCGGAAAAGUGCCUACCAGCAGCUCAUGUCAGUAGUGGUAAUAGUGGUGAUGACAAAGAUAUUUGUGCGAUUGUGAUAUUUAUUGUUAAAUGUUUGUUUAU